AUAUGGGAGAGUAAGAGGAGUUGCCGCGGUGAGAUCUCCCUCCCUCCCCCGCUCUUCCUCUAUCUCUCUCUCUUUCCUCCCGAGUUGCUGGUGGCUGCAAGAGAGGGAGGAAGCAAUGGCGAUGGCGAGGGCGAGCUCCGGCCUCGCAUACCCUGAGAGGUUCUACGCGGCGGCCGCCUACGCAGGUUUCGGAGGAGGAUCUCAGGGUUCCGCCAAGCCUGCUGCAAUUUCUCGCUUCCGGAACGACGUUGCGCUCUUACUUUACGGACUCUACCAGCAGGCUACCGUGGGUCCAUGCACAAUCCCUAAGCCUAAGGGGUGGAGUCCUGUUGAGAGCAGCAAAUGGACGAGCUGGCAUGGACUUGGAAACAUGGCACAAACUGAAGCCAUGCGCCUCUUUGUAAAAAUCCUAGAGGAAGAAGAACCAGCAUGGUAUUCCAGGGUUCCUGAAUUUGUUUCUGAGCCUGUUGUGGAUGUGGAAAUGAAUAAUCCGGCAGAACAACCGGUUGUGUCAGAUAUGAACUCGUAUGAAGAGCAAAAAACUAUUCCUGCUGAAAACGGUGUGUUGGAGACAGAGGAUAAAGGUGUUGUUUCUGAAGUAUUGGGGUCAGUUGGUGUUUAUGACAAAUGGGUUGCACCCUCAGUUUCUGGUCAAUGCCCAAAAGCUCGAUAUGAGCAUGGAGCUGCUAUAAUCCAAGACAAAAUGUACAUUUUUGGUGGAAACCACAAUGGGCGUUAUCUUAAUGAUCUUCAGGUUCUGGACUUGAAAACAUUUACAUGGACCAAGCUUGACCUUAAAGUGGCGAUGGAAUCUGAAUCUCCAUCCUCGGUGCCCUUAGCCGCCUGUGCAGGUCACUCUCUGAUAGCAUGGGACAAUAAGCUUGUUUCCAUAGCUGGGCAUACUAAAGAUCCUUCUGAAUCUGUGACAGUGAAGGAAUUUGAUUUGCAAUCUUCUACCUGGUCGUUCUUGAAGACUUAUGGGAAGCCUCCGGCUUCCCGUGGGGGUCAGUCUGUUACCCUUGUAGGAUCAAGUUUGGUCAUGUUUGGUGGUGAGGAUCAUAAGAGGUCUCUUCUUAAUGAUCUCCACAUUCUCGAUCUAGAAACUAUGACCUGGGAUGAAGUAGAUGCCGUGGGCAUACCUCCUUCACCAAGGUCGGAUCAUGCUGCUGCAGUGCAUGCAGAGCGUUACUUAUUAAUAUUUGGUGGUGGAUCACAUGCUACAUGCUUCAAUGAUUUGCAUGUUCUUGACCUGCAGAGUAUGGAGUGGUCAAGACCGACAGUGCAAGGAACCAUCCCAACACCUAGAGCUGGGCAUGCAGGCAUAACUGUUGGAGAAAACUGGUUUAUAGUUGGUGGAGGAGAUAACAAGAGUGGUGUCUCGGAAACCGUUGUUUUAAAUAUGUCUACACUCACAUGGUCCAUUGUGACCACAGUCCAAGGACGUGUCCCGCUUGCGAGUGAGGGAUUGAGCUUGGCUGUAAGCUCUUAUAAUGGGGAAGACAUUCUUGUUUCUUUUGGUGGAUAUAAUGGCCGUUACAGCAAUGAGGUCCAUGUUCUUAAGCCAAGCCAUAAGUCUACGUUGCCAUCAAAGAUGGAUGCAUCUGCAACUGAUAGCGUUGCGCCUCUGCUUCCUACUACUAAUGCAACAAGAGAUGUAGAAUCCGAAUUUGAAACCACACAAGAUGGAAAAAUAAGGGAGAUUGUUGUGGAUAAUGCUGAAUUAGACCCUCUGAAUGCUGGCAAUCAAGAAACUGGAGAGCGGCUGAUUGCAACUCUCAAGGCUGAGAAGGGAAAUCUCGAGGCAGCUCUUGGGAAGGAGCAAUUGUUGACCCUCCAGUUAAAGCAAGAUCUAACUGAAGCAGAGGCACGCAAUGUAGAUCUCACCAAGGAACUCCAAUCAGUUCGCAGUCAACUUGCUUCUGAACAGUCAAGAUGCUUCAAACUUGAGGUUGAUGUUGCUGAGCUGCGACAGAAGCUACAAUCGAUGGAAACGUUACAGAAGGAAGUUGACUUACUACGACGGCAAAAGGUUGCUUCAGAACAGGCCGCGCUGAACGCGAAACAGAAGCAGAGCUCCGGUGGGGUAUGGGGAUGGCUAGCAGGAAGUCCUCCCGACCAAACGACAGAUGCCUGACCAGAUCAUCUAUCCGUCCAAUAUAUAAUAUAUAGAUUCUCCUGUAUCCAUUUUAGUCGUAUUUCUUUUUUUGCUUUAAAAGAAAAUAAGAGCCAAGAUUGGUUUUCCCUCGUUUUUGUCUUAUAGAGAAAUACCGUAAAGCUUUUGUUCUUCUGAUUGAUUGUACCUUCAGGUAAAGUAGAUAUUGGAAAUAUUUAAUUUCUUCA